CUCGUCUCUUCCCGGAUCGUACCAUCGCAGGGAUGGACGGCAACUUGCGUGAGGAAGAGCCGGAGAGGAAUCCUUCAUCCGUGACCCACAUCAGGGCGAUGAACGCGGCUCUGUGAGUAGGAGCCCCGCGGUGCUCUCGGAUUCGCUCCCCCCGCUCCGCGCUCACCGUGCGGCGGACGCUUCUCGCGGCGCGCUUCGCCUCCCAUCGUCCCCGGAUCCGCUUCACCUCCUCUCCUCUCUCCAUCCUUCCUCCAGGAAAAAAAGGGAGAGAAGGGGAAGAAGAAGCGGCGCACACCGAGAACGGGGGCGACAGGAUCGGUGAAAGUAACUGAAGCACAGAGAAAUCAUCCAGGGUCUCUUGCCUGAGACUCCAGCCUGAAGGUACAGUGGUGUCAUUAAUUUUCCUCUCGAUGAAGAGACUCACUUACUCACCUCCUCUCCCCAUGCCAUUCUUCCCACUCGCCACGGCUCAUCUCUACAUCCUGCCCUCAUCAGUUCUUAAGUACCCUCAAGACAGAUGCCCUUUAACUCUAGAGAGAAGAUCACAAAACUGCAGUAGACUUCGUUCAGACGGGCUCCUGCAAUGAACUGUUCCAUGAACUCCACUGAGGGCCCAGCUUGAGUGCAGCGAAAUCUCUCAAGGGAAGGAGAGCUCGGCUUGGUCUUUAACUGAUCCAACACUCCCUCUGCUUACCUUCACUUUACCGUUCCAAUAGAGAACUUCCUCUUCUCCCCGGGGGCCCUGACUCCACAUCCUUCCAGUUCUCUCAUACCUCCCUCUUCUCAGCUCUCCUUGAUCAACCCACCUUCAAAACUUCUCGGAGUCCGGGCCUCCUCCUCCUCCCUGUUCCCUCCACUCUCCAGUGGGUCUGUCCCAGGGGGUUUACCGCGGCCAUGGCAGUGCCCUCAGUCCAUGAGUUUCACUGGCAGAACCUGGCACGACUGCCCAGCGGCCGCGUCUACCACACUCUGUCUGAGGUGGGGGGGCAGAUGUACAUGCUGGGGGGCUGCGAUGCUGCGGGGAGGCCAUGCCCCGGCCUGGAGCUCUAUUCUCCUGAGGGGGACCGCUGGAUAAGUUUGCCCCCAAUGCCCACCCCUCGUGCUGGGGCAGCUGUGGCAGUCCUUGGAAAGCAGAUCCUGGUGGUGGGAGGAGUGGGUGAGGCCCAGAGCCCCCUAAAGGCGGUGGAGAUGUACAACAUAGAGGAGGGAAGGUGGAGGAAGAGGAGCGCUCUGCGGGAGGCCCUCAUGGGGGUAUCUAUCACCGUAAAGGAUGGACGGGCUCUGGCCGUGGGGGGAAUGGGUGCUGACCUGCUCCCUCGUAGCAUCCUGCAGCAGUAUGACCUGCGGAAGGACGUGUGGGCGCUACUUCCUCCAAUGUUGACCCCACGCUACGAUGCCAACACACAACUGCUGGGAAGUAAAAUCUACGUGGCAGGUGGCCGUCAGUGUAAGAGACCAGUGAAGGCCUUUGAGGUGUACGAUGCAGAGACGCGUUCUUGGACAUCGCUGCCCAUGACUCCCUGUAAACGUUCCUAUUGUGGAGUGAUAUGGGACACAGCUGGGAGGCUCUGUCUGCUUGGAGGACUGCGACAAGGAGGAGGACACCAGAGCUCCAAGUUCACCAAGAACGUUAAUAUUUUCGACACUAACCAAGGUGUGUGGUUGAAGUCGGAGGAGACGGUUGCACUGAAAACAAAGAGAGCUGACUUUGCUGCUGCGUUCCUGCGCGGCCGGAUGGUCGUAGCAGGAGGACUUGGUCAUGAACCCUCGGCUCUGGACACAGUUGAGGCUUUUGAUCCUCAAAGAAAGAAGUGGGAGAGGUUAGCUCCCAUGAGCUUCCCGAGAUGCUCCGCCUCCUCCAUUGUCAUCAGAGACCGCCUCCUGGUGGUGGGAGGAGUCAACCAGGUUCCCAGCUCAGCCCAUGAGAUCCUCUAUGUGAAAGAAGAAGAGUGUGUGUAGCCGGUGGACACUGACCCUAAAUCAGAUUGCAGCAACCCUCCUGAAUUCGACUGUAGUGCAGCGUGUAUGAAGCUUUGAGAACACUGAGGCAGAUGGAGUCAUGACGUGUGCAACAGAUAACACUUCCCCCUGCUGGACUGCACUGAGACCCACAUGGAAGCACACACAUGCACAAUGGAGGAGCUGGCUCUUUCUUCAGCCCCACUCAUAUCUUCUGAUAUUUUCAGUAUGUUACACUUCUGCGUUGUACGUUGUUGUGCAUACUUGGGGAAGAGGAUAUUUUGUAGCGAUCAUUUCUAGUACUAUAGACAGAGUAUAUGGAAGACCUACUGAGUUGUAUGGGCUAAAUGCAUUUCAUGUUUGGUUUGUUAAAAUGUGUUUAUUUGUGAUCAGCUUGCUAACAACUGAGCAUAUGUUGAAAACAUGCAAUAUUAAAUAAGUUGAGUCAUUACAAAAGAGGGAGGUUUACUCAUAUAACUGUAUAGCAACAACAUUUGCACUGAAACAUCAACACUGAGUGGAGGUUGAUUCUAAUAUUAAUAACAUCUGGUGUAGUGUAUUGUAGUAAUUACAGUGAGAAUGCUGUAAUACCACUCCUCAUUGCUGUAACAGAGCACAAUUGUGAUUAUUACCAUAGAUCUGUUUAAAUGCAUUGAGUAUAUGAAGAAAACAGGUGUAUGAAAUGACAAUAUGGUUGUUUAAGUGUUGGUUUAGGCAAAUAAGAGGACGAUUGUACACAUUUGAUUCCUGAAGCAAUACAAAUCUCUCUUUUAUUCAGUGUUAUUAUUUGUGCAACAUGUGCUGUGCAGUAAUUAUCAUCACUCACUACAUUUUUUGUUGAGUUGUGAUAUUGCAGAUUUGUUGUUGUGACUUCAGUCAUGGUUUUAUGUUUACUGUCAUUAUAAAGAACACACGACUACUGUCUCCUGGGCUCAGAUGUGUAAGCUGUAGAAAAUGUUCAUUGUAUAAAUGAUUCAGUUUAUUUAAUCCUACCUGAUCCAUCUCUGUCAUGUGAAUUAAUCAUCUAGGAUAUCAUACUUGAUAUGAGAAUCGAUGGAAUAAAUUCGAUUUGUGUUUUGUAUUGCACUUAUUUCGCACUAGAUGGCAGUGUUCACACACAUGAGCAUGCGAGAGCCUCAUUGAUUCAAAGCUGUGCAUAUCACUGGCUACAGUAUUUAUAAGUGGCUGUAAUGAUAAACUAGCUAACAGUUAGUUUAACACUAUGACAUACAGUAGUUGUCAUGAUUAGAUGAAGAUAAAAAAAGAAGACAGACGUUGGUUAUCAGUAGAUCAAUGUGAAGAGUCAUUUUCCUGCCUUAAACUGCAAUAAUCACAAAAGUAGUGAGUGCAAGAUGCCCAGUACACCAAGCGAGCAGUCUGAGCUUACAGUGCAUUAUUAGCUAUUAGCAUGUAGCUAUUAAGAUGCUGAGUAGUUGUAACAGGUGGGCGGAAACACGUAUUAGAUAAGACAGAUCGUACUGAUGGUGUGUGUGUCUGUACAUGUCGGGUUUCAGUGUGGGUCCUGGUGACAGCGGGUCCACUGAGUGCUUUGGCCAGCAGCCAGUCAGUCAAUGUGCUUACCAGCAGCCGGUGUCCCAGUGUGGCCUGUUCGCCUCCAGUCUGGACUCCAGUCAGCAAGUCUCGGCUCCGCUACCUUCCUGCAUGCUAACCGCCGCCUGCACCUCAGCCUCCACUCGGGCCACUUUGGCUUGAGUGAGGGAGCCUGCAACCUUCCUGUCUUAAACAAGCUAGUCCAGCUUUCUGUCUGAGCCUGACCCUGGAGACAUAAUAUCCUUUAGAACUUGUCUGACUAUUUUCCUGAGAUAUGUAGGGAUUGAAGACACCAGAAGAAAAAGUAAAUCAAGGAGAACGAUCCACCAAGCCGCCUUGAUCCACAGAGACUGAAAAAUUCUUAAUCCAUCCACCUAUGUUUGCUACAGAUACGCCUGAUGUCCACUCUACUCUGGAGUCUUAGACUUGCUAAAACAGACAAUUGGAGCCCAGCACACCUCCUCUGCCCAGACCCUGAGUUGGCCGUCCCCUCCCGCUCAUUGUCCACAGUCGGUAGCCAAGUGGUCCAGGACCAACAUUAAGCCGACAUAGCCCUGAGUCUGUUCCAGAGUUUGUCAUUAUGACAGACGUCUUGUCGGUUCCUGUGUUAGCAGUUUGACAUCUUGUCGUGUAUUGUUGUGUGACACUGGACAAUUUCCCCACCAUUAAGUCUGAGUCAAUAGUUUUGCGCAAAAGGAAGAUCAAAAGUAGGAACUCAGACAUUGUAUUCUUUAUUGUAGAUCAGAAAAUCGCAACCUCUGAAUUGCCUUGAAAGCAGCAGUAUACCAUUUGUCCCCACUCACUGUCAAAUCAUUUGCCCACAUUUCUGGCUCUAUUCAGGUUUUUUUUACCGUGUAUACGCCGCCUGUGUUUAUUUUCCUGUUGUAACCUUUCUGCCAUCUUGUCCACAAUGAAUAUAAAGAUGGACGACUAUUACCACCUGGUGGUUGACUGCAGUACACGUCAUACUCCCUGUCUCUGUUUGGUGUUAAUGUGACAUGUGACACCAAGCUCAAAAGAUAAAUACAUUUCCCCCUAAGAUGUUUUCUGUCAUUUUGAAUAGUUCUCAUCAAUGUUCAAAUGCUUUU